AGUAAUGACGUGCUGGCGCGGGCGCAAUGCAUUGUGGGUGCCGGUGGAAACAGAAACCAAAUAGCUGCCCAGUUACGGUUUCAUUUAUUUUGAACUGGACGCUGAAAGCUCAGCCCUUGGAUCUUUGACACAGCCAUGUCUUCAACCUCCCAAAAGCAUAAGGAGUUCGUGGCUGAGCCCAUGGGUGAGAAACCUGUGAUGGCUCUAGCCGGCAUCGGAGAAGUCCUUGGAGGGAAGCUGGAGGAAAAGGGUUUUGAUAAGGCCUAUGUUGUCCUUGGGCAGUUCCUGGUUCUGAAGAAAGAUGAGGAGCUUUUCCGGGACUGGCUCAAAGAUACAUGUGGAGCAAACGCCAAGCAGCAGCGCGACUGCUAUGGCUGUCUUAAGGAAUGGUGCGACGCCUUCCUAUAAGCCCCGGUUGCCAAUCAUGUUGUUUUUCUAACUUGUGAAGUCUGAAAUGUACAUUACCUCUUCAGCAGUCAGUUCAGUCACAAGUAUUCAGUAGUUUUCACAAAAUAAGUAAAGUGACGUGUGCUCUUUUACAUGCCAUUCAUUCAGAUUAGAGCUCCUUCUUUCAUUACUUUUCUCACCAAGCUUGUAAGCUAUACAAUAAUGGCAGCUUGCAAUGUUUACUCACUGGUAAUUUCCUUAUUAUGCAAAAACUAAUGGAUAAAUUUCAGCUGGAAAGAAUAGAACACCGACUUCUCCUUUUGCUUGUGGGCUACUGAUAAGUCAGGUUGCAUUUGUGCUUGUUAUGGUCUAGGUAGGGCCUUUUAAAUGUCACAACUGUGUUUUAUAAUUAUCUGAAUAAAAGAUCUGUUUAUGAAUGUCGACCUUUAGCCUGAUCACUUGGCUCGGAUGUCCCCAAAUGUAAAUUCAACUGAUAAUCUGCUGUUGUAUUCUCACAUCUAAAAGCAAAAAUAAAAAAUACUUUGCUUUACUAGUUCAGUAAAGGUUUAGGGUUCAGACAACUAUCUCUAUUCACCUCCAGUUCUCAGCGUACUCGCUCCAUUUUCUUACCAACGUUGUGCUGUAAUCCACCACAGACUGCGUCGCGUUUGAAGGGUUUCGCAGAGCUUGUAGCAUUUUGCUGAGAAUAAAAGCGAUUCUUCUUAUUGUAGUGAUAUUGAAAAUACGUGUAGAAGCUGCUGUUCCUGGAACAACAUCACAAUUAGACCACAGCAGAUCUGAUUUAAGGUCUCUCUCUCUGGAGCUGAACAUGGGAAUGUACAUGAGAUACUGUUGAGAUGUAAGCUACAUUACCAGACGUCUAAAUAAAGUGUGUUGCUGUGCUUUUAAGUGGUUAUUCACAUCCACUUUUACGUUUCACCUGUAUAUGAAGUCAUCAGAUGCCUUAAAGCAUGCUGUUGUAUUUAAAUCUGAUAACACUCUCUAAUCUGUAUCAGGAACAGCUUUGACCCGAGUCACUGCAGUUCCUUCGUUUAUAUAUAAAAAAAAAAAACACUGGCCCACGUGUUUUCAUCCGAACUGUGAAAACUUCAGCUUUUCUAUUGUGUUUAUUAUAAAACAAUAAACUGCAUGUGUCACAUUCAA